AUGGUCAUUUAUUCCAAGACUGAGUCACGCCAUGCUCUCCUGUUGAUUGCCUUCCAGAACUCAGAGCAUCACACCUCGUCGUCCAUGCUGAUCAGGAGAGGGCCAAAGCUGUAUAGAAGCACGGUACGCCUUACACAACCCCGCAUCAGGCCAGCGCAAUUAUCAUUACCAUCAGUCUGUCGACAUCUUCACCAGACAGGCAAAAUGCUGCAUUCCGCGACAUCGACGGCCAAGAAGAUCUUCGCUCCCACUUCCAACUCCUCGGAUCCCGGCCAUGCAACCCAGUACACCAAAGGCGCGCUGGACCGCAGCGACCUACUUCCCUCUCCUACAGACCAAUUCCAUAAAUGGUUCCAAGAGGCAACUUCUGCCUCUGUCUACCAGCCGGAAACCGUAACCUUUUCUACUGCCUCGCUGCCAGAUGGCAAGGUCUCUGCACGCAUGGUCUACAUGAAGGAACUCGACUCCCGCGGCUUCGUCAUCUACUCCAACUGGGACACGAGUCGCAAAGCUGCUGAUGUUCGCUCCAACCCACACGCUGCGCUCACAUUCUGGUGGCGCGAAUUAGAGCGGCAGGUACGGGUUGGAGGGAGGGUGGAGCGUUUGACGAUUGAAGAAAGUCAGGUCUACUACGAUACGAGGAUUCGCGGGAGUCGGAUUGGGGCCUGGGCUAGUAGGCAGAGCAGUGUGUUGGAGGGAAGGGAGGAGUUGGAGAGGCAGGUAGAAGAAGUGGAGAGGAAGUUUGAGGGCAAGGACAAGAUUCCCGUACCGGACUUUUGGGGCGGCUUGAGGGUUGUGCCGGAUUUGGUGGAGUUUUGGCAGGGCAGGGAGAGUAGGUUGCAUGAUCGCUUUGUGUAUAGGAGGGUGGAGGGGAGUGCAGAUGGGGAUGGUGAGUGGAAGAUUGAGAGGUUGAGCCCUUGA